UCCUUACAGGUGAAUUCUAAGCUCUCAAUGGAAAUCAGGAAUCAGACGCAAGUGGUGGAAUUUAUCUUCCUGGGUUUCUCUGGCAUUGCAUACGGUCACAUGUACCUCUUCCUGGCAUUCUUAGCCAUUUACUUGGUCACUGUACUGGGGAACCUCAUGAUAUUUAUUAUGAUUCAACUGGAUUCCCACCUCCAUACCCCCAUGUAUUAUUUCCUCAGCCAUCUCUCCUGCUUAGAUAUUUGCAUCUCCUCGGUCACCGUCCCGAAGAUCCUGGUGAACUUCUUGUGCCAGCAACAGACCAUCUCCUACAACCAGUGUAUGGCACAGAUGUUCUUCCUUAUGUCUUUCACAGGGACGGAGGCUGCAUUGCUGGCCAUCAUGGCCUAUGACCGCUAUGCCGCCAUCUGUAAACCUUUGCAUUACUCCCACCUCAUAAAUACCAAGCUGUGCAUCCUGCUAGCCUUUGCCACUUGGCUCUGGGGCUUCCUAAAUUCCGCUCUUCAUACAGCUCUCAGCUCCAGAUUGUUCUUUUGUGGAGUCAAUCAGAUUCCUCACAUCUUUUGUGAUGUCCCCCCACUGUUGACAAUUUCUUGCAAUGAUGCACACAUCAAUGAAAUGACUCUCCGCAUAGCAAGCCUUUUUGUGGCUGGGGGACCCUUCUUCUUCAUCAUUCUCUCCUAUGUCUUCAUCCUGUCCUCCAUCUUGAAGAUCCGUUCCACUACUGGCAAACGCAAAGCUUUUUCCACCUGUACUUCUCACCUCAUUGUUGUAAUAAUUUACUAUGGAAAUGGACUACUUAACUAUGACCGUCCAAGUGCUGGCUAUUCUUUAGAGACUGACACUCUGGUCUCUACCAUGUACUGCAUAAUCACCCCUAUGGUCAACCCCCUCAUUUACAGCCUCCGCAACAAGGAGAUGAAAGGGGCCCUGAAGAAGUUUUUGGAAGGCCAGAGAAAGUUUAAACACCUCCAGUCUAUAAGUUAG